GUAACGUUAUUUUUUUCCCCUCAUCUUUAGAGUAUCUUUUUUGUUGUUUGUAUGUGUAGCAUCUAGGCUGCCGAUUCCGAAAUGCCAUGCCAGGGCCCCAAAUCAUGUAAAGAAGCCCCGAACCACGUGCUGCGAUCGUCAGCCGGCAGGCUAGGCAAAGUUGUUGGAUUUGCGAAUCAAGUGAUUAGAGGCCAUGAGGAGCGGUAUGGACUAAUCCAGUUAUUUUCAUUCUCAUCUCAUCUAUCCAUAUCCACUGGACCAGUUGCCACCGCUGUUCACUAAAGACUGAUGGUGAAAAUCGUUUAAAUAGUCGUUUAAAUAUAAUAUAAAUGAACAAGUUGAGAGUUGAAAGCAAAACAGGGGGGCUAACUACCAGAAGAGGAUGGGGUUUGGAACCAUAGGAAAGCCGGAGGAACUAGAUGAAGCAUGAUACCAGUAAAUUUAGCACAGAAAACCUGCCAUGCAGAAACCACGACUGGUUUUGCUGAUAGGCAUCACAUCGCUAUCGGUUGUGUCACCACGGUUUGGUUGCUAGUCCAUGAGCACGGAUCCACUGUGUUGGGGUGUCCUUGGUGAUGGAUGGCGCAUGUUGGAUUUGAUGAACAUCAGACCUGGCAGAUUUGAUGAACAUCAACCGAAACUUCGGUGUUUUUGAUGCCCAUGCAUACACUUGAACGAGGGGAAAGUUCGGUGUUCACAACAAUGCUUUUACUUCCCCUUUCCUUUUCUAUUUUCGAAGUCUUGCAGCUUUUCGCUGCAGGGGCGACUAGAGAGAUCGACUCAGAAGGUGGUUCGCCAGAUGCCACGGUCGUUGGUUGGUAGCUCGGUCGGAUGAGCCGACGAGGCUGGUACCAGAAAGCUGCAGAUCACUGGGCAGCGCAGGCGGCCACGUUGGACGGGGUCUUGGGUGGCUUCCCCGAGACCAGCGAGCCGGACCUGCGCGAGUCCAGGAGAUUUCUGGAUUUGGUCAGUAGUCGAGCGCCAAACCCUCCGAAACGCGAGAUCGUCUUGGAUUGCGGCGCUGGAAUUGGACGGGUCACCAAAGGUCUCCUUCUGGACCUGUUCGAGCGCGUCGAUCUGGUCGAGCCCAACGAUCGGCUCUUGGAGGAGGCGAAGAAACAGGUUGGUGCCCGCGCGGAGCGUUUAAUUGCCUCCUCUCUGGAGAAGUUUGAGCCAGAGGAAGGAAGGUACGACGUCAUCUGGGCCCAGUGGGUCUUACUGUACUUGACGGACGAAGACUUGGUGGCCUUCCUGCAGCGAUGCAAGAAGGGUCUGCGUCCGAAUGGCAUGAUUUUUGUGAAAGAGAAUGUCGUGAUCGAAGGGCAAUGGAUGGUGGACCGUGAUGACAACAGUAUCUCUCGGACCGAUGCCAUGUACAAGGACAUCUUCCGCAAGGCCGGCCUCGUGCUGCAGGACCAACUCCGACAGGCAGCCUGGCCCAAUGAUUUGGUUCCCGUGAAGAUGUAUGCUCUAAGAGGAGCAGCGUAGCAGGCGUUUUACAGGACAUUCUUUGCAAAUUGCCCCAUGGCUGAAAGG